AUGUCUUCAACCAUUCCUAGUAAGCGUACACGCUUUUCCGAACUUGAACAAACACAACAGCAACAAGACCUUCAGAAUCUCCAACAAAAUUUACAACAAUUUAAUCAACAAUCUCAAUUACGUCAAAUGUAUCAGAGUCCAAAUCAACACCAGCAUCAAUUGGUUCCUGGAGAAUUAAUUCAAUCCCCACAAACUCCGCUACUGACGGAACAAGAUAUUCGCCGCCUUGAAAAAGGGAUUGAUUUAUUAAUCGAUGCUAUAAUUCCAAAUAAAAGUCAACAAGCCAAAGAAGCUGCUACAAUUAUUAUCAAUUCUCUUUCUUCUUUAAAAUGUUAUGAUAAUAUAGUGACACAAAAAAAUGAUUCGCAACAUUCGAACUCAAAUUCGAUUGUAUUAGAUAUGCCAACUCUUAAUGAACCGACGCAAAAUAAAUCAGAAAAGAUCGCGUCUCCAUUGUGUCAAUUGUUAAAUCACACAUACCCAAAUAGUAUCGUGGAAUUGGUUCAUAAACUCUCUAAAAUGUCUUUGAAUCCCUUAGAUUUACCUGUAACUUUAUCCCCCUCAACAAAUAAUACAAAAUCGAUAAGUAAUUCUUUACCGCAGAAAGUACCAUCUUCAAUACCUGCUAUCAAACCCACCAAAAUAUAUCCUCCAUCAAAUGAAUUAUGUCAGCAAUUAAUGCAAGAUUAUUUUAAUCAUUUUAACACCACAAUUCCAAUAUUGGAUCGUCGGAAGUUUAUCGAUCACUGGCGUAAUAAAAAUAACAAACACUCUCAAUUAUUGGUCGCUUCUACUUUAGCUUUGGCUGCUGCAAGGUAUUCAGAUGACCCUUCCAUCCAAAAAACUCAGGAUAAGCCUGGUGGCGUUUUCUUUGAUACUGCAAAGAAACUACUAGAUACGAUGUACGAUAAGCCUCGGUUGGAAACCGUGCAAGCAUUAUUAUUGCUUUCUCACUCAGAGACUAGUUUAUCACGCAUAGAUAGCAGUUUUAUGUUUUUAGGCAUGGCUGCAUGA